AUGGAUCCAUCCUAUAAUGCUACUACAACAACCGUUGUACAACCAGCUUACGAUCCAACAUAUGCUCAGUAUCAGUCACAGUCAUAUUCUACAGGGCCUGUCGCUCCAUCAUCAAUACCCGCGUCGUUAGGGUCAACAGCCCCACCCACGAUUGGGUCGGGAGGAUAUAGAGCUUAUGGUGUAGGGACAGGCGGUUAUCGUAGUCAUAAUUCUGGAUAUUAUGCCGCAGCUGUCGGUGGAACGGGUUCAAAGCAAUCCUAUAUUAACAGUGCGUCAAUUGCAAACAGCGAAUACGAGGAUCUGAAUAAACUCUUUGUGGACCCGAAAAAGGCUCAAGAGGAAGCAGCAGCAGCAGCAGCUAAAGCAGAAGAAGAAGAACGUGCUGCCAAGGCAAAAGCUUCAGCUACAGUAAUUCGAAAGGCAGCGGGGCAAAUUUGGCAGGAUGCUUCAUUACUAGAAUUUGAUGAGAAUGACUUUCGACUAUUCGCAGGAGAUUUGGGUAACGAAGUAACUGAUGAGCUAUUGACUAAGACCUUUUCUAAAUACCCGUCCUUCUUGAAGGCUAAAGUCGUCCGAGAUAAGAGGACACAAAAGACCAAAGGAUACGGAUUCAUCAGUUUUGCGGAGCCAGAUGAUUUUGCCCGCGCAUGGAAAGAAAUGGAUGGGAAAUAUGUUGGAAACAGACCAAUUAAGUUACGAAAGAGCCAAUGGAAAGAUCGAAAUGUAGAAAUUAUCAAAGAUCCAAAGACUGUAAAGGGACCAUAUGACCUUGAGGCUUUGUCACGCAAGGAACGUGCAAAACCGUACAAAAUUAAGAAGUUGAAUAAUGCUGGAAAGUGA